GCUCCCCGCCGGCGCCCUGGAGCUGGGGCUGCCUGGCGGGCCUGGGGUGCUGGGCGUGCCGCCUACCCCUAGGAGGAGGCGUGAGCGGGGCGGGGCCGGAACGUCUCUCUUCAGGGCCGCGCCCCAGGAGGGCACAGUUACGCGCCGCACGGAUCAUGGCCGCAGCCGCUCUAGGGCAGAUCUGGGCCCGGAAACUUCUCUCUUCCCCUUGGUUCCUGUGUGGUCCCAGAAGAUAUGCCUCCUCCAAUUUCAAGGCUGCAGACCUGCAGCUGGAAAUGACACAGAAGCCCCAUAAGAAGCCCGGCCCCGGCGAGCCCCUGGUGUUUGGGAAGACGUUCACUGACCACAUGCUGAUGGUGGAAUGGAAUGACAAGGGCUGGGGCCGGCCCCGAAUCCAGCCCUUCCAGAACCUCACGCUGCACCCAGCCUCCUCCAGCCUCCACUACUCCUUGCAGCUGUUUGAGGGCAUGAAGGCAUUCAAAGGCAAGGACCAGCGGGUGCGCCUCUUCCGCCCCUGGCUCAACAUGGACCGGAUGCUGAGCUCAGCCCUGCGCCUCUGCCUGCCGGGUUUCGACAAGCUGGAGUUGCUGGAGUGCAUCCGGCGGCUCAUCGAAGUGGACAAGGACUGGGUCCCCGAUGCUGCCGGCACCAGCCUCUAUGUGCGGCCUGUGCUUAUCGGGAACGAGGCUUCGCUGGGCGUCUCCCGUGCCACGAGAGCGCUCCUGUUCGUCAUUCUCUGCCCUGUGGGCUCUUACUUCCCUGGAGACGCCAUGACCCCGGUCUCCCUUCUGGCCGACCCAGCCUUCAUCCGGGCCUGGGUGGGUGGGGUCGGCAACUACAAACUAGGGGGGAAUUAUGGGCCCACCGUGUUAGUGCAGCAGGAGGCAUUCAGGCGGGGCUGUGAACAGGUCCUCUGGCUGUACGGGCCCGACCACCAACUCACCGAGGUGGGCACCAUGAACAUCUUCGUCUACUGGACCCACGAGGAUGGGGUGCUGGAGCUGGUGACGCCCCCGUUGGAUGGCGUCAUCCUGCCUGGAGUGGUCAGACAGAGUCUGCUGGACCUGGCUCAGACCUGGGGUGAGUUCCGGGUGGUGGAGCGCACCAUCACCAUGAAGGAGUUGCUUCGGGCCCUGGAGGAGGGCCGGGUGCGGGAAGUCUUUGGCUCAGGCACUGCCUGCCAGGUCUGCCCAGUACACAGAAUCCUGUACAAAGACAAGAACUACCAUAUUCCCACCAUGGAAAAUGGGCCUGAGCUGAUCCUCCGCUUCCAGAAGGAGCUGAAGGAGAUUCAGUACGGAACGAGAGCCCACGAGUGGAUGCUCCUGGUGUGAUGCUGCGUGCUGUGCUCCGGAUCCACCGACCCGUAGCAUCUCAUCACGCCAGCACUCGCCUCCCUACCAAUGACUCACCUCAAGUGCAAUAUAAAAUAAAAGGCCAGGGGGUGGUGUUUGGGUCUCUGGCGCCCCCCAUGUGGUUGUAACACUCCCAAAGCCAGAAGGGCCAACCCGGGCAUCUUGGCCUGCAGCCCCUCAUCUUGGGUUCAGGUCCGCCCUGUUGCUCCUUGUGAGGCCAAGGAUACACCUUGCCCGACCCCUUAUCUCUCCGUUCUCAGGCCAGACCCCCGGUGCUGCCGUUGAUUUUUUUUUUCUUUCUCUUUGCUGCAAUUUUGAAAUAAAAUGCCAAAGAACAGACA